UACCGGAGUCACUCAGCUCGAACGAAAGUCACUUCACUUGCAGACUACACGUCCAUAGGGGAGAAACACGGCUGUAUUUCCUUGGAUAGACAGCAACCAGUUUCUCUCGGGAGGGGAAGUUUGUGGUUGUUUUAGAUCUUUUUUUUUGGAGUUGUUUAAAACAAAACCCCAUGAUUGUGGAAAAAGUGUGAAUUUUACAGAAAAAGCACCUGUCUUCCUUGGUACCGUAAAAGGUACCCUGGAUUCCUUUCCUCCGAAAUCCAGGAAAAUGGUACUUCCGAAACCAUCCCCUCCUCAAAAGUGUAUAUGGACUAUUUUAAUUAUUCUGAUUCUUUGGAAUGGAAUAGUUUUAGCAGAUACGGAAAAAGAAGACUUUGAGUUUGAGGAUAGUGAAAUUAGUGUAAAGAAACGUGCGGCAUUAACGGACGAUGAGGAUUUAUUAAAUGAUGAAGCGGGAUCUACACCUGAGCCUGAAGUGGAAGGAAGUACACCUGAUGAUAAUAAAGAGACUUCAAUAGACCUACCAGAUGGGACAGUCGCAGAAUACUACCGGGUGUCUAUAAACUUUACCGACCUGACCUAUGAAACUGCGCUGGAAUUCAGUAGCAAUGAGGCCUUCACCACACUUGCUGACCCCAUCUCUCAAGCCAUUGAGAACCUGUUCAGGAACGUGGACGGAGAUCAGUAUGCUGUUAUCAUCAAAUUUAGUCCUGGAUCUUUGGUUGUCACCUUCGACCUUGUGACGGAAAAGAACUAUGAUCGUAUGCGGUUGUACAAUACAUUAUUAAGUGCGGUUAACAGUGGAAGUAUAGCUCCUUAUCGGGUCAGUCCCGUCGGAUUCAAGUUCAGACCAUUGCAAGAUGGCCGUGCCUGUCCUGACUACACAGGUCGAGAUGCCAAUCCACUACCUCGAUCAGGAGACAACCGUGCCAACCUCCUCAUCAACAACGAGUUUUUCUGCCGUGGGUAUGUCGUGGGGUGGAACUAUUACAGAAUCGUACCAAGGUACGUUGGGUAUGCUGGCGUGUGGCGACAGAUUUCCCCGGAGGAGUUCAUUCUGGUGGGCCAGACUGAGCUUCCUAUUGCUGCUGUAGGCAACCACACCGUAGUAGCAAAUCCCCCGAUCGCGGUAGAAAAAGGGGAUUUCAUUGGAAUAUUUUACCCACGGGAUGCUGAGGAGGGCGUUGUAGCAAGUGCAAGAGCCGGUGAUGUUACAUCGGAGGAGCUUUAUCAGAAUUACUACGCCACCUUCUACCAGGAGGACGUAGAAACAGGAUCUAUUUUUAGCCUAGAGAGAGUGCUGUAUGAGGAUAUUGGGGCAACCUUUUCUAUUAGAGCUCUUAUGGACUACACUGGUGUUUUACAGGGAGAUGUAGAUUCAGUGUUAACAUGUAAGCCUGACCAGUAUACCUGUGAUGACGGAGAGUGUGUUGACGGCCGGUACAGGUGUGAUGGUCAGAAUGACUGCUAUGACCAGUCAGAUGAGAAGGAUUGUGCACCGGUGACCUGUAACGAGGGGGAGGUGAAGUGUCGCUCCACUCCUCAGUGUAUCCCCCAAGCCUUCCUCUGUAACAACCAGGAGGACUGCACUGACGGAAGUGACGAGGAAGGCUGUCCUGUAGUGCCAUGUACUGAUCAGCAGUUCCAGUGUAGUAGUGGACAGUGUAUCGACAAGAAUCUGAGGUGCGACUCGGUGUCGGACUGUACCGACGGAACUGAUGAAUUAGCCUGUCCAACCAGUCCAACAGAGUCGGUACCCUGCAAGCCGACAGAGUUUCGAUGUGAGAUGGGGCAAUGUAUAGAUGAAGGACUCCGAUGUGAUGGAACUUAUGAUUGUCCCGAUACAACAGACGAGUUGGACUGUCCCUCCUGCCAGGCUAACCAGUUCAAGUGUAAAAAUGGCGAGUGUGUCCCCAAGGAGUACGAAUGUGAUGGCUACCAGGACUGUAAUGACAACUCCGAUGAGACAAAUUGUACCCCUGAGGUAUUCUGUCCGGAGGGUCAACACAAGUGUGAUGACAACAGCUGUGUUAAACCGGACGCUUUAUGCGAUGGCGUUGUAGAUUGUGCUGACAGAUCAGAUGAAACACCUGAAAAAUGCGGAACUCCACGGUGUCCUGACGCUGAUGAGUUUGAGUGUACCAGUGGCGAAUGUGUGUCUACUGCUACUCUAUGUAACAAUGUCCGUAACUGUAUUGACGGUUCUGAUGAAAGCUUCACUAUCUGUGGUCCUUUGGUCACCAUUACUUCUCUAAGUCCAACAGUGACAGUGGAAGAAGGGGGAGUGGCUGAACUGGAGUGUGUUGCCGAGGGUAACGUGGGUGUGGAGCUGACAUGGACGAGACCAUUAGGGGAAAUGCCAAAUCAAUCGCAAAACCAGAAUGGUCGGUUGAUAAUUCCAUUUGUGGAGCUGUCUAAUGCCGGAAGCUACCUCUGUAGUGCGGCCAACGUCACCGGAAUUACACCUGCCUCCACUACCCUAAACGUCACUCCUCGUGAUCAGUUCCCAGACUUCACUGUGACCCUCACCAUCCGACAGAGCCAGCUUAUUCUUAAUGAAGGGGAGACAGCUGUGUUUGACUGUUCAUCCUCUGAUGCAAGGUUCCCUAUUGUUUGGACAAGGGGUAGUCAGGAUAUGCCCUUAAAGUCCAUUGUCCAGGAUGGUAGACUAACCAUUCCUUCGGUGACCGUAGAAGAUGCAGACUCGUACAUUUGUGGGAUUGGGUCAGUCAUGGACAUUGGUAUCGCAGAGGCAACAGCAGAACUUCUAGUCACUCCAGCCUGUCCACCAGACAAUUUCCGUUGCGCAAUCGGAACUUGCAUCUCCAGUAUUUAUAGGUGUGACGGAUUUAGCGACUGUAGCGAUAACUCUGAUGAAGUAGAUUGCCAAGAAGGAGGUUGCCCUGCAGGACAGUAUCAGUGUGAAGAUGGAACCUGUAUGAAUGCCAGGCAAUGUGACCGCGUUAGGGAGUGUCCUGACAGCUCGGACGAGUUCCCAGGAAAAUGUGGUGGUUGUGGAGCUGGAGAGUUCAUGUGUGCUGAUGGUCACCGCUGUAUUCAGUCCAGUCAGGUGUGUGACCGUCGACAAGACUGUUUUGACCAGUCAGAUGAACACUCCAACUGUUCAUGUCUUGCCGGAGAAUUUAGGUGUGCUGAUGGAUCCUGUAUCCCUGAAGACCUGAAGUGUGACUCUGAGAGAGACUGCCCAGACGGAUCAGAUGAGAGCAACUGUCCCCUGUGCCCUCCAGAAGAGUUUACCUGUGCUAACGAGAUCCAGUGCCUUGACAGAAGGCUCGUGUGUGACGGCUAUGCUGACUGUGAUGAUCGAUCUGACGAAGCCAGUUGUCCAUGCCGUCAAGAUCAGUUCCAGUGUCAGGACGGCUACUGUGUGGAGGGAUCUUUCCGAUGUGAUGGUGUUCCACAAUGUGAGGACCAAUCGGACGAGGCAGGCUGUGCCUGUGCUGCUGGCGAGUUUACCUGUACAAAUGGAGACUGUAUCCCGGGUAAUCGUGAAUGUGACGAUCGACCAGACUGUGAGGAUGGCAGUGAUGAGAUCAAUUGUCCCUGCAAAGACGAUCAGUUUACUUGUACCAACGGCGACUGCAUCCCCAGAGACAGGAAGUGUGAUAGACGCCCAGAUUGUGAAGAUGGAAGUGACGAAUUAGAUUGCACUUGCCGUACUGGAGAGUUCCGCUGUCAAAAUGGAGACUGUAUCCCAGAAUCCUUUAGGUGUAAUGGCCGUCCGGAAUGUGAAGACAGCAGUGAUGAAUUUAAUUGUCCUGUCCGAUGUAGAGCUGAUGAGUACACCUGUGGGGACCGUACCUGUAUUCCGUUGGAUCGGAAAUGUGAUCGAAGACGAGACUGCGAGGAUGGAUCUGACGAAGAAAACUGUCCGGCCAACUGUCCAGCAAACACGUUUACCUGUGCUGACGGUUCCUGCAUUCCUGUUGAAAGAUAUUGUGAUCGCAGACGAGACUGUGAGGAUGGAAGUGAUGAAGUUAACUGUCCUGUUGGAUGCAGGGCUGAUGAGUUUACCUGUCCAGACCGUAGCUGUAUCUCACUGACUCGGAAAUGUGAUCAAGUACAGGAUUGCAGUGAUGGAAGUGAUGAAGCAAACUGCCAAUGUCGGUCAGGAGAGUUUAGGUGUCGUGACGGUCAAUGCAUUGACCAGCGACGCCGAUGUAACCGUCAGUAUGACUGUCAGGACGGAACCGACGAGUUUGAAUGUCCUGUACCUAUUACUGUUACUGUUACUCCGGCCAAUCUGAUGGUGAGGGAGGGGGCCCAGGCCGAAUUCUUCUGUCAGGCUACAGGACGACCAAGCCCAGAGGUCCGAUGGAGGCGUAGCGGAAAUCAGCCACUUCCACCGUCAGCAUCAGAUGAACAAGGACGUCUCUUGAUUCCUGAGCUACAGCUGGACUAUGCUGGGGACUAUAUUUGUUCCACCGUCGGAGUUCAGGGAACAUUUGAGGCCACAGCUAGACUGGACAUUAGGAGAAUUGGCCCUGAGCCGACCCGAGCUCCGUCAGGACCUUGUGGGGCUGGAGAAUCUGUGUGUCAGAACGGACAGUGUAUCCCAUCAGACUACCGCUGUGAUGGGGACUCCGAUUGUGAAGACGGCUCUGAUGAAUUAUACUGUAGUACUGACAACCCAUGUGAGCCAAACGAGUUCCGCUGUACCAGUGGUAUCUGUGUGAUGAAGAUUUGGCGUUGUGAUGGUGACAAUGACUGUGGCGAUGGAUUUGAUGAACAGAAUUGCCCGACUGGACCCCCUGGAGCCCAGUGUCGUAUGGAUGAAUAUAAAUGUUCAACCGGCAACCAGUGUGUGCCUGCCAGUUACCAGUGUGAUGGAGAGAUUGAUUGUCAGGAUAGGUCGGAUGAAAUCGCCUGCUCUGUUCCAACUAUCAUCUUGCCUCCUGUGUCUCGUAUCGACGUGGAUAUUGGAGGUCGUUUCACCAUUGUCUGUGAAGCCAUGGGUACACCUACUCCCCUGAUUGUCUGGAGACUUAACUGGGGAAAUAUUCCGACAGGCGACCGUGUGCAUGUCCAUAGUGCGGAUGGCCGCGGCAAUCUCACCAUCACUGAUGCUCGUAUUACUGACUCGGGAGCCUACACUUGUGAGGCUAUUAAUACCAAGGGAACCAUCUUUGCUAUACCAGAUGCUAUUGUUAUUGUCCGAAGAAGUCCUCAGCCAGGCGUUUGCAGACCACCAGACUUCAAUGUAGAGGCAUCCAAUAGUGGCCAGUGUCUCCGCUGUUUCUGCUUUGGUCAGACGACAGACUGUUACAGCAGUGACCUACAUGUGUCCCAGAUUGCGCUGUACGGCACCAUGUCCCUUGUAGAGGAGACAACUAGGGGGGAAUCAAUCCCUGCCACAGUCAACAUUGAACAGGUCUCCAGGGAUACCUUCCUUAUCAGGGACUUCAUUGAGGUCCUCCCAGCUGGAAACUACUACUGGGAACUUCCCAACGAGUUCCUUGGUGACAGGCUGACGACUUACGGAGGUGAUCUGAAGUAUACCAUACAAUAUGAUAUUAUUGGAAGUCCUGGCAGCACCAACCAACCAGAUGUUAUACUGAAGGGUAACAAAGUUACACUGUACCACAGGACCUCUACUAUACUGUCACCAGGGGGAGAGCUGGUCAUCACAGUACCUCUCAUACCUUCUGCCUGGUCUAAAAGUGAUGGAGGGUCAGGCCGGAGAGGAGACAUUCCUGCUCAGGAGCCAGUGACCAGAGAAGAUCUUAUGAUGGUUCUGGAGAAUGUGGAGGCCAUCCUUGUUCGUGCCAAUUAUGACAUCCAGCAGACUUCCUCCAGGAUUGGGGGCAUCUCCAUCAGCACGGGAGUGAUAGAGGACACUGGAGUAGGACGAGCAGUCUUUGUGGAGGAGUGUGAGUGUCCUGCUGGAUACUCAGGCCUUUCCUGUCAGGACUGUGCAGCAGGUUACAGACGGGUCAGACAGGGACCAUACCUUGGCAUCUGUAGACGUUGUAACUGUAACGGCCACUCAAAUGACUGUGAUCCUGAGACUGGAGCAUGUAGGGUGUGUGCACAUUUCACAGAGGGACAACAAUGUCAGCGCUGUGUCCAGGGCUACUUUGGUGAUGCUACUCAGGGUCUUGCAGACUCUUGUAGACCUUGUCCAUGUCCACUAACUGAAGUAUCCAAUCAGUUCAGCCCGACCUGUAGACUAGACACUGAUGGUCUGCCCACCUGUACUGCCUGUCCGGAAGGUUAUGAGGGCAGGAACUGUGAAAGGUGUGCCAAUGGUUAUAUUGGUAACCCACGUCAACUUGGGGACCGCUGCCGUCGAGUUUCAAUUGAGGAGAGGUGUGACUCGCGUGGAAGUGUGCAGACCCGCCCUGACCCUCGAACUGGCACUUGUCCAUGUAAGCAAUAUGUGGAGGGUCCAAACUGCCGCGAAUGCAAGGCCAAUACAUUCUAUUUGAGCCUAGAGAAUCCAUACGGCUGUAUCUCCUGUUUCUGUAUGGGAGUCACUGACACCUGUACCUCGACCUCAUGGAAUCGUGCUCAGGUCGGAGCUUCGUUCACGAGGGACAGCUUGGGAUUCUCACUGACAGACAUCUCUCGUAAGCCAGAUCUUACCGUGACUGAUGGGUUCACUAUUGACAGAAAUGUCCGUGAGCUCAUCUACCGAUCCUUCGGAAGACUGCCCGAGACUGACUACUAUUGGUCACUUCCUCAGCGUUUCCUUGGUGAUAAGCUGGUGUCAUACGGAGGUUCUCUGAGGUUUGUUGUGAUGUACCGUCCAGGACAAGACUCUGCAGGGACCCCUGGACCCCUAGUGGAAAUAAGCGGAAACGACAUUGUGCUUGUACACCGUCCUCAGAAAAUUCCAAGCCCAAACAAACCAGAAUCCUACAGCGUUAAGUUUUAUGAGGCCAGCUGGACAAGACUGGAUGGCCAGCCAGCCACACGUGAGUUCCUUAUGAUGGCUCUAGCUGAUCUUGAUGCAAUUUUGAUCCGAGCAACCUUCACCAGGACAACAGACCAGGCCAGCAUUCGUGACAUUGUCAUGGACAUCGCCGAAGACAGGAACACGGGCCAGGACCGUGCUAAAACGGUGGAGCAGUGUGUCUGUCCACAGGGCUACAGAGGACUCUCCUGUGAGGAUUGUGAUGUUGGCUACACACGAAGUCGUGAUGGAUUUUACCUUGGGCGCUGUGUACCAUGUGACUGUAACGGACACUCUGGCGAGUGUAGCCCAGAGACAGGUGUAUGCAGGAACUGUCAACACAGUACAGAGGGAGACAACUGUGAGCGUUGCGCUGCUGGUUUCUAUGGUGAUGCGACACGUGGAAGCCCCAAUGACUGUCAGCCUUGCUCCUGUCCCCUUACAAGAGCUCCCAACCAAUUCAGUCCUACUUGUAUGCUGGACACAGAUGGUCAAGUCACCUGUACAGCCUGUCCAGCUGGCCACAUUGGUCGCAGAUGUGAGAGGUGUAAUCAAGGUUACUCAGGAAACCCUUUGAAUCCCGGUGACUACUGCAAGAUCGGACCUGUCGAGCCCCAAUGUAACUGUGACAGUCGAGGAACAGUGCCUAACACACAGUGUGACCUGAGCUCCCAGCAGUGCCAGUGCAAGUCGUACGUCCAGGGUUUGAGGUGUAGCUCGUGUAAAGAUAACUACUUCCACCUGUCGGAUGAUAACAGCCAGGGUUGUCUGUCCUGUUGGUGUAGUGGUAUCACAAGUCAGUGUUCCAGCUCAAACUACUACAGGAAUGAGCUCCGCCCACAACUUGGCUCAGACGGAACCCACACCUUUGUAUUGACCAAUCGCAGGCUGAACAACAUCAUUGAUGACGGUUUUGACAUUGAUGUGGCCAGGAGAGAAAUUGCCUUUGCCCAGUUCCAAGGAAUCCAGCGUGAACAAGAGAGUCUCUUCUUCAGCCUGCCCCCUAAAUUCCGUGGAAAUCAGAUUAAGUCAUUUGGCGGUUUCCUGAAGUUCACAUUGGACACUCAAGUCAAUCAGUUGGACUCUGGGAGGUUAUUUAGGGAUGUGGAUGUAGAAUUCAUUACAUCAGGACAGCGACAGAGGAUGUAUCACCUGUUCAACCCUCCUAUUGAACCUAAUACACCUCAGAGCAUCAAGAUUUUACUGCGAGAGCCAUCAUUCCGUAUGUUGGACGGGUCAGAGCCGAGUCGGGCAGCCUUUAUGUCCAUGUUAGCAGAUAUUGAGGCCAUUCUGAUCCGUGCCACCUUCCACACCCGAACAACUCGCACAGCCAUUCGCGAAGUCACCAUGGAUACUGCCACAGCAACCCCCACUGGUCUGGGCCCUGCACCUAUGGUGGAGAGCUGUCUCUGUCCCCAGGGUUACACAGGACUAUCGUGUGAGGAAUGUGCCCCGGGAUAUCUCCAAGUACAGGAGGGCAGUCAAUUCCGCUGUUCACAAUGUAACUGUAAUGGCCAUGCCACAUCAUGUGAUUCUACAACUGGCCAAUGUCUGGACUGUCAACACAACACCGAGGGAGAACGCUGUGAGAGAUGUGCCACCGGUUACUAUGGUGAUGCUUCCGUGGGAACCACAAGUGACUGUAGGCCAUGUCCCUGUCCUCUCACUAUACCAUCCAAUCAGUUUUCAAAAUCAUGCUAUCAGUCGCCGGGAGGUGGAGGUCAAGUUAUCUGUGACCGCUGUCCAAAUGGCUAUACUGGCCGCGAUUGUGGAGAGUGUGAUACUAGCCGUGGCUACUCUGGAUUUCCACGUGAAGUGGGAGGCUCCUGUACUACCAUUGAAACUGACAAGCGCCCUGUCAUCACUGUGAAUCCUGUGACCAUUGAAGAAAAUGUUGGUGCCACUGUAGUAUUCCAGUGUAAUGUACAAGGCACAGGGCCAUUUAAUGUCAUCUGGAGCCGGGCUAAUGGUCAGCUUCUGUCAACACGAACACAAACUGGGCCACGUUUCAGCUUGACCAUCCGUGACUUGAUAGAGUCGGACAGCGGCCGUUAUAUUUGUACUGCCACCAAUAUCCACGGUAGUCGUCGUGGAACAAUCAGCCUCACUGUCAUUGGUCGCAAGCAGCCAAUCCGUGUGAGAAUUGAAACACCACAAGUAACAGCAAAUGAGGGAGAAUCAAUCCGAUUUGUCUGCCUACCACUUGGAAACAGAGAAAGCACAUACAUCCUGUCGUGGUCCAGGCAGGGAGGUAAUCUGCCACCCCAGGCCAACGACCAGAUGGGCAUACUUUUAAUCCCCAAUGCUCGUCGAGAGGACGCAGGCGACUAUGUAUGUACAGGUUCCGACAUGACUAGCAUGGAUACAGCUACUGCUGUCCUCAUUGUCAGCGCAUCCCAGAUUUCUCCUCAAGUCUCCAUUGAGCCAAGGUACCUGAACUUAGACCAGGGAGCUUUAGCUGAGUUCCGUUGUUUAGCCACAGGAACUCCUGUCCCCACAAUAGAAUGGCGAAGAGGAGGAACUGGCCGACUUAGCUCUUCAGCCACAAUUUCUGGUGGACUACUACGUAUUUCAAAUAUACAGCCUUCGGAUGAAGCUGAAUAUUUCUGUAAAGCCACCAACGUUGCUGGAUCCAGCGAGAUUAAAACCAUCCUCUAUGUGACUAGAAUACAGCGUCCUGAGAUCACAGUGAUCGUGCGACAGACAUCCCUUAUUGCUGUGGUAGGAACGACCGCCCAGCUGUACUGUUACGUAGAGGACAGUACAAGGAGGACAACUGUUGUUUGGUCCAGGAGUGGUGGACUCCCACAGGGAAGUUCACAGGAACGUGGCACUCUGACACUGACCAAUGUCCAGCCAUCACAUUCCGGCACGUAUGUGUGUACCGCCACAGCUCCUACAGGUAGCGGGACGGCCACCACUGAAGUAACCAUCUCAGAGGGAACCGAAUCCCCAACAGCCACUAUUGAGCCUUCCCGGCUGACAGUUGCCAUGGGAACAACAGGAACUAUUCGGUGUGCAAUAACGGGUAAACCACAGCCAACCAUCACGUGGAGCAAGAGUCGAGAGGAGCUCUCCAGUCGCCACCAGGCCAAUGGUGGAGUGUUACGUAUCGUUGAUGCUAGGAUGGAGGAUCGUGGAAUCUAUGUGUGUCGAGCUGAGAACUCCGCUGGUGUAGACCAGGGCUGGGCUAUUGUCGAGGUGGAACGUCGUAUGAUGCCAAAGAUUGACUUCUAUCCCAGUGAGACCCAGACAAUAUCUAUAGGUGGAAGUGCUUUGUUCCAAUGUAGAGUAAUGGAUGGAGACCCACCACCAACACUGACCUGGACAAGGGCCGGAGGUGAGGCGCUCACCACUGACACUACAGAGUUGAUGGACAACGGUGUAAUCAUGUUCAAGCAGGUGACCGGUUCUGAGGCAGGACAAUAUGUGUGUACAGCGACCAAUGAUAUGGGAUCUGUGUCUAGCACUGCUGUCCUCAUCAUUCAGGGUCCUCCAAGGAUUGUCAUCCAGCCCGAUAGAACAAUUUAUGCGUUGGUUGGUGAGAGAGUGACCGUAGAGUGUAUUGGUCAGGGUGAUCCAUUGCCCGCCGUUUACUGGCGUUACAACACUGCACCCCAGCGUGGCGACAUUCCACAGGAACCUGACUACGAAGCCUUAGCAACGACUGGGUCUGCUACCUUGACCUUGGAAAAUGUGGGAAUAUCUCAGACCGGAAACUAUGUUUGUGUGGCGAAGAAUGCUGGUGGAACCACACAGGAGACAGUCCAGAUCAUCAUCCGAGAAGGAAGACAACCAGAUGGAGAUAUACUUGAUAUUGAUGGACCAGAUCGUCUGUCAGUUGAGGAUGGUCAGAGAGUGGAGCUCCGAUGUAAUACCCGUGGCCUAGUAAACCCAGUUGUAAGGUGGAGGAGGCGCGAGGGUCCACUCCCACCAAACCACAGCCAGAGAGGUGGCACCCUUGUCAUACCCCGCUUCUCCUCAGAGUAUAGUGGAGAGUAUAUCUGUACAGCCACUGCACAAGAGAAGACUUACGAAACCUCUGUUUAUAUCAUUGUGACAGUUCGACCACGACUGACCAUCUCACCUGCCCGUGUUGAGGCGAUAGCUGGACAGAGGAUACAGUUGACCUGCAUUCCCCAGGGGUCAGGGCCUUUCCAGAUUGAAUGGUCUAAAAUGAGUGGACUUCUCAACCCUCGUGCUGUCCAGACCAGCGAAGGCACACUGGUCAUUAGCCAAGUGACUGCUGCUGAUGCUGGACGGUAUCGGUGUGCGGCUACCAGUUCUGCGGGAUCAUCCGAUGGCUAUGCAGAAGUAUCUAUACAAGUUCCCCCGACGGUGCUUGCGGAGGUAAGACAGACCAGCCCUGUGAUUGGCCAGUCCCUGUCGUUCGCCUGUAACGCCCAGGGUGUGCCGAGACCAACGAUACGCUGGGAGAAGGAAGGAGGAUCACUACCUAUCUCACAUCAGAUUGUAGAUGGAGUUCUGACGAUCUAUGAUAUCACAGCUGAAGAUGCGGGACGAUACAUUUGUACUGCCACAAACGCUGUAGGAACCGCACGAGAUUAUGUAGGAGUAAAUGUCCAAGGCAGAAAGACUGAUCCUAAUGUCACUGUGAAGAUUGACACACAGACACUCAACAUCGGAGAACGUGUAGAAAUGGAGUGUGUUGUUACAGGAACACCACGCCCCACAGUCAGGUGGACUAAGAUAGCUGGAGACUUGUCCGAUUCAGCAUUCAUUAAUGACAACAUCCUCGUCAUUCCCGAGGUGUCACUGACCGAUGCUGGCACCUAUCUGUGUGAAGCGCAGAACCUGUAUGGCAAGGUUGAACAGAGAGUGACUCUUUACAUCAGGGCCCGUCCUCGGAUCUCCGGCCAAGGAGACAGUAUGACUGCUGCCUUGGGUACCAGUGCUACACUGGCCUGUGAGGCAUCGGGUUACCCUGCCCCUGAGAUCCGCUGGUACAGGAAGAAUGGUGAUAUGCCUAGAGAGUAUGAUGUCGAGAACGGUGCAUUGAAGAUUGACCAGGUGAAACCAGAGGAUGCAGGAAUGUACGUGUGUAACGCCCAGAACGAGCUCGGCACCAACGAACAUUCCAUGGAACUCAGAGUAGGAGAUCUAGUGCCGAGAUUUGCACAAGACCCAGUGUCAUACAUCUCUUUUGCACCAUUGAAUGACGUAUACUUGGACUUUGACAUCCUCCUGUCACUGAGGCCAGAGACCACUGAUGGACUGGUCAUCUACAAUGGCCAAUACGACACAGGGACCACCGGGGACUUCGUCUCCUUUGGAAUGUCAGAAGGCUAUCCGGAGUUCCGCUUCGACAUGGGAUCCGGACCAGCCAUCAUCAAAGGUGCCCGCAAGCUUACGCUGGAUCAGGCUCACACCAUCAAACUGACAAGGAACAGGAGGCAGGGUACCAUGGUCGUAGAUGCAGAGCCAGCUUACGUUGGGACGUCCCAGGGUAACUUCCAGGGACUUGACCUCCGCGGCAACCUCUACUUAGGUGGUGUCCCAGACUUCAACUCCAUUCCAAAGGGAGUCGGUUUCCGUGAGGGUUUUGUUGGAAGUGUUAGUCAAGUUCAACUGAAGGGCAUCGAUCUGAACCUGGGUGCAGAUUACAUCAAGAUUGUAGGAGUAGAAGAGUACUCCAUGUGUAUGUCUGACCCCUGCCAGAGUGGAGGACUUUGUCGCCCUGCCAACAAUGACAUGGGCUUCACCUGUUUCUGUGUAGAAGGCUUCACUGGCCGAAGGUGUGAGGUCACUGGUGAAAAGUGCUAUCCAAAUGCUUGUGGACCUGAUGGUCAGUGUAGGAAUCUGGUGGACCGUCCUGGCUUUAAGUGUAUCUGUUCAUUUGGCAAGACUGGACCAGGAUGUUCAAGGGAUGUGACAAUUGCAACUCCAGAGUUUAACAGGACCUCCUUCAUCUCUUACCCUCCCAUUAAGGGGGCUCGCUACCAGAUGAAGAUUGACCUUGAGUUCAAACCUGGGACCCUGAACGAUGGAAUUAUCGUGUACAGCGGCCAUGAUGAACAGGGAUCAGGAGAUUACAUCAGCGUGGCAUUACGUAACGGAUACCUAGAAUACAAAUAUAACACUGGAUCAGGACCAGCCACCCUGAACAGUCGAAACCUUUUAACUGUUGGCGAGUGGACCAGAGUAUCUUUGUCCAAAAACAACCAGGAGGGCACUCUCAUUGUCAACAAUGAGGAACCAGUCAAAGUCUGGCCAUGGAGUUACUAUAGAGAUCAGUACCGCAACUACUACAACUACCACCUGCGUAGGCAAUAUCGCUUCCGAAGGGCAGCCACUUCACCUGGUAACACUGUUGGCCUUGACCUUCGCACCAAACUUUACCUUGGAGGCGUAGAACCGUCUGUAAUCAUCCCCUCUGGAGUCCAGGUCUCAUCUGGCUUCCAGGGCUGUAUAGCAGAGCUGACCGUUAACAUGGUGGCAAUCAACCUGAUCCGUGACGCUGUUCAAAGCAUGGACAUUCGUGACUGUACCGACCGCAACAUCUGUAACCGUCGUCCCUGUCUCAACGGGGGAGCUUGUGAAAGUCUCGCCAUCAAUGACUAUCGAUGUAACUGUCCAGAAAGCUUUACAGGCACCCACUGUGAAAUGAGGAUCAAUAUUUGUAAUACCCGGGCACCAUGUCAGAACAGUGGAAUCUGCAGCUUCACAGACGAUGGCUAUCGAUGUGACUGCCCUCUAGGAUUCAUGGGAGACAACUGUGAACUAGUGGUGACCUACUCCGGCCCUAUCCGCCUGGAGGGUGAAGGAUUUGUUGAGCUGAGCCGUGACCUAUUCCCCUACACUCAGAAUCAGGUAGAGAAAGUGGUUGAGUUGGCUAUUCGCACCAACCAAACCAACGGCUUGAUAUUCUGGCAAGGAGAGGCCGCUCCUGGUCAGUCUGUCUCUACCGGUGACUUUAUGAUGAUUGGACUUCGUGAUGGAUAUAUCUACUACAGCUAUGAGUUAGGAAGUGGAGCAGCCAACAUGAGGUCGUCUCUCCCGGUGAAUGAUGGACAGGUACACAGGAUCAAGGUCACAAGACUUGGAAAAACAGGCACAUUAGCUAUUGAUGGGGGACCAAAAGAAACCGGUUCGUCUUUGGGAUAUUUACAAAUGUUGAACGUAAAUGGGAACAUUUAUGUUGGUGGUGUACCUGAUCCAUCAUCAAUGACAGCCGGUAGAUACCAGGAUAACUUCAGAGGAUGUAUAUUAGAAAUCAAAUUGCAGGAGGGGAGAGCACUCUCAAUUCCAGAAGAUACUGUGGGCGGGCAUAAUGUGAUGUCUUGUAAUUGAAGAAAAUUAACUCAUUAAUUGGGACAUUAAAAGAUUGCAUAUGAUUUGGCAUUGAAUUGCAGUAAUAUGGUUUGAACACAAGCUGUCUCGUUACCAUAGAGACACAAAUAUUUAAUAUAUGCAAUUCCAAUCAUAUGUGCCAUGCUUUGAUUAAUUUUUACUGGGUAGAAAUUUCUACAUGAUGUUUGAAUGACCGGUUACAUUACUGUAGCAAGAUUUACAUGUUAGUAUUUUUAAAAUAAAACAUGAAAUUGUUGAUUGUAUAUUUAUGUAAAUAUAUACAGGUAGGGGGGUUAUUUUCAACUCCUCUCCAUAUACCCAUAUGAACAAGAGGUAUAUAUAUAGCAAUCUAUUUCUCACAUACGUAAUUAUAUACAUUAUCUGUAUAUAUAUAAAUAUAUAUCAAAGAUAAAUGUGAACUGGAAUCUAGAUAUGGUUGCAGUUUGUUGGGGAAGUUAUUUCUGCCAUUCACUUGUACCAACAAAACAUUAAUAAUAGUUUGUGUGGAGAGUGUAAUCAACUUUCAUUUUGAAACUAUGUAUGAUUUAGCACUGUUUAAGCUCUGCUUUAAUUUACACAUACAUAAACCGUAAAUCCAUUUACUAGUACAACUUAUAUAUAUAAAGCUUAAUGCUGCAACAAUGACUUAUAAAACCUUGUAUGUAUUUUAAAUUAAAUUCAUUUUUCCAUGAAAUAUUUUACGUUUUGAUAAACCGGUAGUCACCCUUAUAUAUAGACUGAUGCUUUUUACAUUCUUUUAUAUUAAUCAUGUGCGUAUAUAUAUAUGUAACAUUUUUAUCGCUAUGUUCUUAUGCUUAUUCAGGCUUAUUCAGGCUGACUAUAGUUCAUCACGUACAUUGCUGCAAAUUUUCAGAAAUGUUAGGUAUAUGAUGUGUUAGCUAUCUACGCUUAAAUUACACUGGAGUUACGAGACCUAGAUAGGUUACAGAAAAUUUAAGUCUAACUCUGGGUCGAAGGUCAUGUUAGUGUAUCUCAAUAGUGUGAAUCUCUCAUGAAGUGUGUGGAUGCAUGUGUGGAAAAUUAUUGUAAGUAAAUAAUCUAAAACGGAAACAAAGAUCCAACUGACAGUAUCCGAGGAUUACGUUACAAAAGUGUUUUCUUUUAUUGUAAAUCUCACAUGUUAGAUUUAGUACCUUUUUAACAAAGAUUGUGACAAGUUUUAAUUUGCCUGGCCUAGAUAUUGUACUAUAUAUUUGGCCAUUUUGAAUGUUGGUGGGUGGGGGGGAUUUUUUUACCGGCACUUAUGUCCUUCGAGCAUUUCAAGGCAAGUGAAAUGUGUUGCCUUAUCAACCUCUCUGCUUAGGAUUUCCAUGGUAUCCACUAUUUUAUAACAUCUACCAUUCCUAGAACUAAUAGAAGAAAAACCCUUUUGCUCUAUGUUUCAUUAUAACCUUUCUGUAGAUCUUUAAUUUGUUGUCCUAUAUUUUUAUAUCUUUUACUUGCAGCUGUGCAUUUCCCCCUUCUUAAAUCCAUAUUGGCUAAUCAAAUAGCUUUUUCCUCAGGCUCUAAUGUUGUUAGUUUAAGCAUUGUUAUAAUCCAGAUGGGAUUCCUUUAGUAUGAAGUAUAGUGAUUAAUCUCUCCAUAAGAUCUGGUGUUAUUUUCUUCUAACACUUCCUAUGUAGUAAAACUUUGAAUAUUGUAUUAUAUUUAUAUUAAACCUACUCUAUUAGAAUAUUAACAGAACAGCCUUUUUGGUAUUGGAAGUUUUUCUUGCAUAAAAGAUAGUCAUUGUGGACUACAUUUGAAGGAAAGUGAAAGAUCAACAACCAAAAAAGUUUUAGGUUUUAAAGUAUUUUUAUGAUAUUUUUAAUACCGGUAAAUGCCUUACUAUGUCUUCCAAGGUACAAACAGUUACAAAGUACUUUUUUAAUUGAUUGCAUUGUCCGUAGAUCAAAGUCUGUGUCACCUAAGUGCCAUUAAUAAGUACAUGUAUGAAUGGACAAGAUCUAUUGUUGCUUAUACUGUAUAAGUAUUGAUAAUUUUGGUCACUUUUAAUGUGAAGGUUUUAAUAGUCUUGAUCACUUUUAUGUUUGGAUAUUAAAAGUCUUGGUCAAUACAAUGUUUGUGUAUUGAUAUUCUUAGUUAAUACAAUGGUUGUGUAUUGAUAAUCUUGGUCACUAUAACGUUUAGUACCAGACAGGUAAGCAACUGUGAUGGUCAUAGGGUAACCUCAAUACCAAAUUCUUGAUUAAUUAAAACAACUAUUAGUGGGUAAAAUGUUUUGCUUCAGGUUAUUUAUGAUAACAAAGAAACUUAUAUAUUCAAUAUAGAAUAAAAUAUCCAAAAAUUGAUAACAAAGGGAAGAAAGAAGACAGUCCUUGUCCUUUGUACAUGUUGAGUAUACGGCCAGUCUAUGAAAUUGAGUACUAACUCGAUACCUCAGUAUUGCUCACCGCCAUAGUGACUACAGUCUGUCAUUUUACGUGGUACGUUAAGAUUGGGCUUUUCUUGGAAAAUCAGUUCCUCAGGAAUAUUUUUAUACAUUUUAUUAUCUAUCACAUCACACCAGCCUCUAUGUAAAAAGCCUGCGGUGAGAUAUGAUGGCAGAAUUGGUUAUACCGUAGGAUCCAAAUGAAUUUUGUUAAAAAUUGUUAAAAUAAUUGUACAUAGAAAAUUUUGGAAAGAAAUUAAGUUUUCAUUUUUACAUCACAUGCAUCACAACUGAUCUUCCAUGUAAAGCCUAAUCUCAUCAAUGUAUGUGGUGUCAACCAUCGGAUGGGAGUUAUCUCCCUUCCCAACAGGUCUUGUUCAGCCACUACAUCUAUGUGCUCCAUGUCACCUGUAUUUACUAUGUUAUUUCACUCAGAUGGUUAGCUUUUCUGGAAAUACUCAUUUAAUUUGUUUCUGUGUGGUGCUAGAUAGACUAUGCAAGAAUAACAGUUUCUGUCAUGUCUGGCAUUGUUGAUAAAUGGAGUAUAUGUAAAUCCUACAAGUCUAAAAAUAAAAUUUGAGUUUUGUA